AUGGAUCUGUUGAAUCAGCCAGUCGAGCUGCUGCUCCUGAUCGCGAGCUUCCUGUCUUCAUACAGCGAUCUGAGUAACUUCACGAAAAGCUGCAAGCUUCUCCACACUCAUUUGACAAGCCUGUUGUACCAAAGAGACCACACCGAGGCAAAUAGCUCAGCCCUGAGUUGGGCAGCACAGAAUUGUGUACCGGCCACGUUUCGGCGAGCUUCCAAAGCGGGCAUCAGUAUCAAUGGCCGCAGCGCGACUACUCUCCUCCACCUAGCCGCCGAAUUUGACAGCGUGGAAGUCAUUCAGCUGCUGCUGGACAGUGGUGUUUUUAUUGACGCCCAAUCGGAGACCGAAUCAACCGCGCUGCAUACUGCGCUGCGCUCAUGGAGCUGGGGUGCUGCUAAAUGCCUGCUGCAGGCCGGCGCUGCAGUCAAUGCUGGGGAUAAUGAGCAAGAUCGGCCGCUGCAUCUCCAGGCAGUUAUCAUUCCCGUUGAGUUAGUCCAAAUGUUGCUGGUAUCUGGUGCUGAUCCCUCAGCUCUGAACAACGGUGGCUGGACUUGCGCAGCCGUACAUGCGUUUCAUGGCCGGGCUGCAACUCUUGCCCUUUUACUCGAUGCUGGGGCGGAUGUGAAUGACCGAACAUCAGGAUCGCCACUUAUCACGUUGGCCGCCGCAGGCGGAAAAGAAGAAGCACUUCAGCUUUUACUUGAUCGUGGAGCAGAUUUAUCUGUGCGAAAUGACGAAAUGCUUACCGUUUUCCACAUGUGCAUCCUGAGAGAAAACUUCGUCUUUGCCGAAAUUCUUCUGGAUCGUGGGGCCGAGAUAGAUAUUCCUAACGGUAGCGGCGCUACAGCCUUACAUGCGGCUAUAGAACAGAGUAGCCCAAAACAGGUCGAAUUCUUGGUUGCGCACGGCGCAAGCAUCUCGACACUAUGCAAUGAAUUGACACCACUUCAAUGUGCAGUCGCCACCGGCUGCUACGAGGUUGUCAAAAUCUUGCUGGAAAAGGGCUCCGACGUCUCUGCCUGCGAAGAUGGGCAGAGGCUACCGCUUUGCACCGCCGUUCGGCGAGGCUACACUGAAAUCGUCCGCGUUCUUCUGACGUGGGGAGCAAGUGCCUAUUUUACCGACGCCAGAGGCUGCACCAUGUUGCAAUUCGCCAAUGAAGCAAAUUCUCCUGAUAUCUUCAAGCUUCUACUAGAGAGUGGCACUGAUUUGGACCGAGUUGGCCGCGAUGGUUGUUCGCCACUAUACAGAGCCGUAUGGCGCGAUAAUCUCGAACUCGUCGAACUUUUACUGGCGCACGGGGCGAAUGUCAACAACGAAGCUGACGGAGACUGGUCCCCCAUCAAGCAGGCAGCUUCAAGCGGGAACUUGGCAAUUCUGCAGCAUCUUGUUCGGUGGGGUGCCAAUGCGGAGGCGGACAUCGUCGGACAGAGGUCUAGUCUCGUCAUGCUGGCGAGUGCUGGUGGAAAAGUUAACGUCGUGAAGUGGCUACUUGCGAAUACAGGGCUGAAGUCUCAAGACGUAGAUACCUUUGGGCGAACCGCUCUACAUUACGCUGCUAGAACUGGCAAAACGCCAGUGGCUCGAUUUUUCGCAGAAAAUCACCCAAGCAUAUUCAGGGUUCAAGACUUAACGGGAGCGACAGCCUUUAUGCUUGCCGCACGAAAUGGCCAAACUGCCUUUCUACGGUCACUCUUAGACACCGUUGGUACCGACGCUUUAGCUGACAGAGACGAUGGUGAUCAUUCUCCAAUUUACUGGGCCAAAAAAUGCCGCGAACGUGAGGCAGCUCAGCUGUUGUCAAAUUACUCAAUUGACGCGGAGUUGAAUCUGCCGGCCGACUUCCUUGAAGAUCAAGACAGUUGCCAGGUCCACAUCAACACAAAAGCCUGUUACUGUGAUAUAUGCGGCUGUCACUCUACGGCCCCGCCCAAUAUUGAGGCAUUUGAAUGUCAUGAAUGCUUCUCUGGAGAGGACGCUUUCGUUGUCAUCUGUGGCAUCUGCGCUCGCGACAGAGGGAAAUGCCUCCAGGUAGGUCAUGAAUGGGGAAAGCAUGUUUGCGAUUGCAUAGAUGAGGAUGAAAAGGCCGAGGAGCGACGUGAACAGGAUUCAUCAAGUGAAUCCCAAGAUGAGAGCGAGAACGAGGAAGAACAGACUUCAAGCGAAGCGGAAGAUGAGAACGAAGAUGGGAAUGAACAGGACUCAACUAGUGAAUUGGAAGCCUAG